AGAUACGUUCUCCAAAUAGAUUUUACCCCAAAUAGCACCCCAUGAACGACAGCCUUUGGUCAGUCAUGAUUCAGAUGUUAGCUAAUAUCUCCGUAAAUGGAAUCGUAUAGCUCCACCCCUGUCUUCCUUUGCAAGAGGCCAGCAGUAUUCUUCACGUCUCCGUGCAUCACCGUGGUAGCAACCGUCGCCAAGCAUAGAAAUAAAACUACAGGUAGGAUACACACUCACAUCCAGUCAUCUUGAGGAAAAGCUGCAAAGUUCAUUCGAGAUUAGGCUACUGUGCCUCCGGAAUGCGAUUUAUUGCGCUUGCGACGUUCGUUCAAUAUCCAUGUCAAAAGUAGUGAAGAGGACUGCGACACAAAGGGAACCGCACAGAUGCAUAGGAAGAAUGCCAGUUACUUGAAGCGAGCUAUGUGAGAUUGUCUUCCUGUGCAAGUGGUGGGAAGACAUGAGGGCAGUCCUUCCCUGGGUCCUCUUUGAGGCAUACUGCCUAAUCACAGGCAUCUUUGGCAAUCCCAUGGCCCAUUUGUCCAUGAGCCGCAAACAGUUGGAGCGAACUGUGGUACAGAACCUGAAACCCCAGCCAGCUUCUAAGGGGGGGCUGAGCCAUUCCCCCCAGCGGGGCCUCAAGGAGACAAGCCUGGAGGAGAAGAGAGAGAUAAACUCCACUUCAUUUCACUCUGGGAUCAGGCAAGAGCCCUCGGCACUGGUCUCUCUGGAGCAGAGGGAUGAAGGCCCCACGAGUGACUCUACAAUCUCCCAGGAUUUUCUGGAGGAGUAUGCAUACCCAGACUACCGUGGGAAGGGCUGUGUGGAUGAAAGUGGCUUCGUGUUUGGUGUUGGUGAGAAGUUCACCCCUGGGCCUUCCACAUGCCCCUGUCUCUGCACUGAGGAGGGUCCUCUCUGCGCAAAGCCAGACUGUCCUAAAGUUCACCCACGCUGUAUCCGUGUGGACAACAGCCAGUGCUGCCCUCAGUGCAAGGAGAUGAAAAACUACUGUGAAUUCCGGGGCAAGGUCUACAGAUCGCUGCAAGAGUUCAAGGUGUCGGCCUGUGAGAGAUGCCGCUGUGAGCCAAAUGGGGAGGUGCUGUGCACAGUGGCUGCCUGUGCCCAAACGGAAUGUGUGGACCCGGAGUACGAACCUGAGCAGUGCUGUCCCAUCUGUAAGAGUGGGCCAAACUGCUUUGCAGACAAUUCAGUGAUACCAGCUGGGCGAGAGGUGAAGAUCGAUGAGUGUACGAUCUGCUACUGCACAUAUGAGGAGGGCACAUGGCGCAUCGAACGCCAAGCCACCUGCAGCAAGAACGAGUGCCAGCACAGUUAAAGCAGGUGCAGUAGGUGCUGGACUCACACAGUGCAACAAACUGUCUUCAUCUACAGGGGACCAGCCAAGUGACUAAUAUAGUAAUUCUAAUAUUGAAAUAUGUAUUGCAAACAAAAUCUUUGUAUGUUUUUUGUAAUCCAUGAAAAGGAAAUAUGUAUCUAUUCAUUAAUGUAUAUAUGGACGGCAAAGUAAUCUGAGGUACAGUCAGAAACAUUUGUUUCAUAAGACUGUGGUACACAUAUCAUGUUGUUCAAAUUAAAACUGUGAUCCAGAGUAUAAGUGAGCAAAACCCAGUGACUGAAGAAUGACAGCCACCUAAAAUUUCAUGUAAUCUGAAAAUAUUAGUGCAAAGCUGAAUACAUGCACAAACAUAAAUUUUACUAGAUUGACUAGAAAUGCGAUGGUAUUCUUUUAGUUGUUCAGAACAUUUUUUGUUCUGUUUUUGUUUAAAGGAGCCAUGCAAGAGAAGGACAUCCAUUAUAACUAAAUAUAAAUAUUUCUUAACAUAUGUAAAUAUAGAAACUCAUUUGUAUGUGAAUUUCCCAUGGUGGAGCUGCACAUAGUAAGCACAUUUUACUACUGAAGCCGGUGGACCACCUUGUUGCUGUGCUCUUUGAUUUAAUAAUUUGAAUGUGUUUAUGUGCUACUUGAAAACAUUGUCGCAUCUCUCAUCCCUUUAUUCAUCUCCCAUUACACCUCGGAGACCCAAGCAAACACAAAGUGACUUGUAAAUUUAGAAGAAAUACUUUUCUAUUCUAUAUUGUAUAAUAAUUUUGAAUAUUAUACUUUAAAAAGGUUACAUUAUUCAAAACAUCAGCCCAUUUGAGUGUGUGUUGAUAAAUCACAAUUGAUUUUGAUCAUAUUUUGAAUACAUGAAAUUGUCAUAAGAAACUGCCACACAUCCAGUUAUGGGCUUGGGGAAAAGUUUGGAGAUGCUAGUCUUGUAUUACACAAGGAGCAGACAAGGUGAGGUAGGGUAGGCUGUUAUUUUCAUGUGAACAUUGUAAGUAUGUUUACGUAUGUAAUGUAAUCUAGUGAAACAUUAUAAUUUAUUCAAAUUUAUUUCUGCGCUUUUUCCACAUAGAUUAUUCCAAAGCAACAUACAGUGCUUAUUAACCGCACAUUUGUUUUGGGACAGUGUGAGCAAUGGGAUGUCGGUAACGAAUUUCACACCUCUACACUGCCGGUGAUUUUUUAUUGAAUUUUUGAAUAUUGGAAUUUACAUUGACUGAUUUACUGUAGCGUUAUUGACUGUUAUGUACCUUAAUUGGGCCAUUGGCUAUAGUGGUCAUAAGCCUCUAAUUACCUGUCAAGUUCCAUUAAGUUUUGCGAUAUCCAAUGUAUUUUAUAUCUGUUUUGUCAAAAGUGGUGGAAGAAAAAUAAAUUUUAAAAAAGUACCAUAUUAAGAUAUGGUGACUUGCCUUCAGUGCUUGGGUAAAUAUAACUGCAAAAAGCAUGGUAUACAAAAGAAAAGUAAAUUGAAAUUACAUUUAUAAUUGUGUUUUAGUCUUUAAUGUGUAUUUUUGCCAAGCAAUGGUGACCUUCAUUUAUAAAAUGAACUUAUUGGCUAGGAUUACAUUAUAUAUAGUAAUUAUUUAAUGUACCAAGCUAAAAUUGCUGGUGCACUUCUUUUCAUAACUGUAUGUGGUAAAGUGGUUGUACAGAAGGUAUCCUAAUCAUAACAUAUUCUAUGAUAAUUUGAAGGAUUCUUCACAUAGAAAAACUGCUUAAAAUUCUGAAUUUUUAAUCACUUGCUGUGAACAUGUUUUCGUGCUCAAUGUGGAUUGGAACAGUAUAAUUGUAUGUACCCUAGGAAAAAACUGAUAAUGACUAUGACAUGACACUGAAGCUGGGUAUUUGGCUCUUUUGCACAUUUAUGCAUGUAGCCAUUAUGCUUUUUAACAUAACUUCUACCAUGUGAUAUCAGUCAGGACUACAUGUUUAUGAAAUUAUGUAAAAUGUGUGCUGCAUAAAUUGCAAAUGUAUGUGGUGCUGAAGAGAGUAUCUGCACAUAUUUAGGCCUGUGGGCAUUGCAGUUAAUGUAUGACUUAUUUGUAAAUGGAAAGAUUUGGCUACUGGUGGUCCAAGCAUGUGACAUACCUGUCAUGUUUGGUCAUGGUCAGUGUUCGAUAAACACUGGAAUUUACAUCUAUUUUUCACAAACUUCAGGAAGAAAAUCUGCGGAAAUCUGAAUAAUAUUGAUGGAUGCCUUGCACCUUUGGUUCUUGGCCCCUUAACAAAUUAAGACAAUAUUGAAAAAUUGAUCCCUUACUCACUUUAAUAAUUAAAAAUGGCAAAUUAUAUUUUAAUAGGAAAGUGAUACACCUUUUAACCUUGUUGAAUUUAAAGUAGAGUGAGAAAAUUACUGGAAAUAACCAUAUGCCAUGAAUAAAGAUUAGGUCAUUAAAGAUUCAGCUAAAUAAAGAUUUUCUGAAUCAGUAACACCUCUAAACUGUGUUGGAUAUUUUAUUGUAAGACAUUACCACAGGUAAUGGUUUCCAUCUUUUCACCACUGGAUUGAUCAACAUUCUCAAUUCAAAUAUGAUUAAAUGAAAACAUGGUUGACCAGUUAGAAAGUACCUAUAUAUUAUUAAGGUUAAGGAGGUUUGACAGUGAACUGUGAUGAGACAUUCCCUAGGUCCAAGCAACAGAUGCAACAGGAGUCCACUGUUUCAUGAUUAGAGCUCAGCAAACAAUGAAGGUAAAUGGCUUUCUGCAUAAAAUGCUGUAGGCCUUCAGUAUGGUGUUGAAAAAAUGCUUGGCUUUGUGAUGCUUAUGUUCAGCUGUCUGACCGAUGGACCGUGGACACAAAAAAAAUAAAUGAACUGAUGAGUUAA